AUGCCUACCUCACAGCCCCUUCUACUCUCGGACAUGGACGUAGCCGCAGCACUUUCUAUUCGGCUUCUUACAUCCCCUGAAGAAGGCCAGGACAUCUGUAGACACUGUGAUAGGGCCUAUACCUUCGCCCACGAAGACGCCUGCCGUGCUAGGACUAGACAGACAAUUGUCAAACAUAAUAAGGUGUGCCAGGCGUUGACUACGGCCCUACAGACCGACCCACAAAACAAAGUCACCCUAGAGCCACAAGGAGACUACCGAGGAAUCCGGACAGACAUUAGAAUCGACAACCCUAAGGGAACCACCUACCUAGAUGUGUCCAUCAUUUCCCUAGGCAAGGAAACCGCUAGGAAGGACCCUAAUAGCACCCUAUCGGCCGCGGAAAGGGCUAAGAAGCUCAAAUACCAAACCCUAGGCCGAGCUUUUAAGCCGUUUAUCCUUAGCCAAGGAGGCCUUCUAGGAAAGGAGACCUCACAAACCUACAAAGAAUUCCAAAAGUCCCUUGGUCCUAGCACCUCGGAGUGGCUAGAUAAGUAUAUCUCUACCACUCUAGUAAGACUCCGGGCUAGGAACUGGCUAGGAUAUGGUAUAGACUAG